AUGGGCAUCAAGUUCCUCGAAGUGAUCAAGCCCUUCUGCGGCAUCCUCCCCGAGGUGGCCAAGCCGGAGCGGAAGAUCCAGUUCCGCGAGAAGGUCCUCUGGACGGCGAUCACCCUCUUCAUCUUCCUCGUCUGCUGCCAGAUUCCCCUCUUCGGCAUCAUGUCCUCCGACUCGGCCGAUCCCUUCUACUGGAUGCGCGUCAUUCUCGCCUCCAAUCGUGGCACUCUUAUGGAACUGGGUAUCUCCCCCAUCGUCACCUCCGGUCUGAUUAUGCAGCUGCUGGCGGGAGCAAAGAUCAUCGAAGUUGGCGACACGCCCAAGGACCGGGCGCUCUUUAACGGCGCGCAGAAGCUCUUCGGCAUGGUGAUCACCAUCGGCCAGGCAAUUGUCUACGUCAUGACCGGCAUGUACGGCGACCCGAGCGACAUUGGCGCCGGCAUCUGCCUGCUGAUCAUCAUCCAACUGUUCGUCGCCGGCCUCAUCGUCCUCCUCCUCGACGAGCUGCUGCAGAAGGGCUACGGCCUCGGCUCCGGCAUCUCCCUCUUCAUCGCCACGAACAUCUGCGAGACUAUAGUGUGGAAGGCCUUCAGCCCGGCCACCGUCAACACCGGUCGCGGAACGGAGUUUGAGGGCGCCGUCAUCGCCCUCUUCCACCUGCUGGCCACCCGCCAGGACAAGAUCCGCGGCCUGCGCGAGGCCUUCUACCGCGGCAACCUGCCCAACCUGAUGAACCUCCUCGCGACCAUUCUCGUCUUCGCCAUCGUCAUCUACUUCCAGGGCUUUCGCGUCGAUCUGCCGAUCAAGUCGGCGCGCUACCGCGGCCAGUACAGCUCCUACCCGAUCAAGCUCUUCUACACCAGCAACAUUCCUAUCAUCCUCCAGUCGGCCCUCGUCUCCAACCUCUACGUCAUCUCGCAGAUGAUGGCGGUCAAGUUUAGCGGCAACUUCCUGGUGAACCUCCUGGGCGUCUGGUCCGACUCGGCGGGCGCCGCCCGCGCUUACCCCGUCGGCGGCCUCUGCUACUACCUCUCGCCGCCGGAGACGCUCGGUCACCUGGUGCAGGACCCGAUCCACGCCGUGCUCUACAUCAUCUUCAUGCUCGGUAGCUGCGCCUUCUUCAGCAAGACCUGGAUCGAGGUUUCGGGCUCGAGCGCCAAGGACGUCGCCAAGCAGCUGAAGGAGCAGCAGAUGGUGAUGCGCGGCCACCGCGAGAAGUCGAUGAUCCACGAGCUCAACCGCUACAUCCCCACGGCGGCCGCCUUUGGUGGCCUCUGCAUUGGCGCCCUCUCGGUCCUCGCCGACUUCCUGGGAGCGAUUGGCAGCGGCACCGGCAUCCUCCUCGCCGUCACCAUCAUCUACCAGUACUUUGAGAUCUUCGUGAAGGAGCAGAGCGAGCUGGGCGGCAUGAGCACCUUCCUCUCAUAA